AUCCCAGUGCAUACUUUUUUUCCCUUCUUGUUAUCUGUCGUUGUAAAAUCAUACAUCCAUGCUGCUGAAGCCUCUGUUCCUCGUAGCUGCAUGGCUCAGCCUGGCCCCUGGAGGCUUCCUGGGACACAGCCUCAGCUGCAGACGAGCGCAAGGGGCAGUUCAGUUUCACUUUCGAAGGUGCAAAGGCAGGAAAAUCUCCCACUUUCUUUGUAGGUAAGUCUUCAAACUAGUCCUGCAGUGAUUACUACCACUUUAAAUUAUUCAGUAUAUUUUUUUUUUUGACCUCACAAUAACACAGGUGCCUCCAGAAUCCCCAGGUCUGCCCAGAACCUGAGUUGUGCCAAGGUGACUUCCUUCAUUUUGGGAAUUAUACAGAGUUCUCUCUCCAUAUGUCAUUAAGACAUAAUCUAGUAGCAUGAACAGCUUGAUUCAAUCAUUAACAAGAAACUGCAAAAAGACAAGCAAACUGCUGCUGACGACCACAAACAGUUUGGCAUGCUGUGGGAAAGGAACAGCUGUGUCAUUGUACUUAAUUAGAGCCUGAGAAGAAGAAACUGGAGUCCUUCUGAGGCAGGGGAGCAGCCUCUGGGAGUUGCUACUGUUGAUUCAUUUAACUUGGUGCUGGACCCCCUGCAGCUCAGGUACUGAUAUAUUCCAUAUUGCUGAGUCUUCCAGCAGCAGAUGAAAAAUAUGUAUUUGUUCCUCUUUUCCAUUUUAUCUUUGCUUCUGAAAGUCACUAGCACCAAAGAUGUUGUAUUUGGUCAUAAUAAUUUCACAGAAUAUCAAGUGGGCAACAUGAACCUCCUUCUCUCUGUCCCACACGGUGGGUCAAUGGAACCUAAAGACAUCCCUGAUCGAGAGGCUGCUUGUUGGGAUGUGAAGACAUCCUCUUGUAUUUUCUCUCAUGACUGUCCUCCUGGAAGUAUUCAAAAUUCUAAGAAAUGCAAAGUGUCUACCAACCAAGACAGGUAUACCAUAGAGGUGGCUCAGGCUCUUGCUGAAGAAAUCAACAACAUUACUGAUGGCUUCUUCCCACAUAUCGUCAUGAACCACCUACAGAGGUUCAAGAUGGAUGCUAACAGGGAAAAAGAAGAAGCCUCCUUUGGAAUUCCCCAAGCAGAACAGGCCUGGGAGGACUAUAUGGGAUUUUUGACCACUGCAAAAUCACAGAUGUCAAGGGGCCUAAUUCUGGAUAUCCAUGGACAAGCACAUCCUGAAAGGUGGAUAGAACUAGGUUACACACUUUCAAAAACUUCCCUUAACUCAGGUGCCUUUUCUGCAUUGAAUUCCUCAAUUAGCCAUCUGGCCAGUCAGCUGGUCAAUGUGUCUUCUCAGACUUUGGUUGCAGGCAACAGAAGUUUGGGUAAAUAUAUUGAAGAACAAAAUAAGAGCUACAUUUGUGUGCCUUCGCCAUCCAAUCCUAGCCCAAAUAACGGAAGCUAUUAUAGUGGUGGAUACAUAACAAAGACUUUUGGCUCCCGUAGUUCUGGCACCAUUGAUGCCAUCCAGCUUGAACUGCCUCAGUGGGUGAGGGCAGCUAAAGAGCGUCGCAGAUUUUGUAAAGCACUGGCAAGGGCUGUAAUGAACUUCUGGCAAACUAACUACUGCAGCCAGUACAAGCAUGAACUUCUGCCAUGCUCAAAGAGCCUGUCUUGUUAAGAUACCUUUCCUUAAUAGAGUAAUGAUCUGGAACAACAGAACAACUCAUUCACCUGGAACAUUUAAGACUGCAGUAUAAUUGCAGAUGCUGGUAGAAAGAAACCAUCCUGCUAAGAAAUACAUCAGCAUCCACAGUUAAUACCAAAAAGUCCCUUAACACACAGCUUUGUACUAGAUCCAGCACUGAAAAGACUGCUGUAAGAUGAGUGGGUGCAAAUAUCACUUGCCUGUGCUUAAUUUCUCAUCCUCUGUUUUGAAGCGCAUGAUACACAACUAAUCUUCUAAUAAAUUCUGUGCAAUGCCUUAGUGGAUUAUCUAUUCAUAGAAA